GCCUGCGAUGAAGUCAGAAAUUACGCCGAUGUUCUGGACGCAGAGUUUACGGAAACUGAAGAAAUCGAACUCAAAUUACUAGAGAGGUUUAGUUCGAUCAAUUUAUUCCUGACAGAAAACAAGCCAGCGAAGCAAGAAUUACAUCCAGUCCCACAACUUGGUCAACACGAAGUAAACCAACAACCAAUCCCUCCAGAUGAUCAACAAGCACCGGUCCAACAGCUCGUACCACCGCCGACACCUCAAGUCGUACCGCCGCCGACACCCCAAGUCGUACCGCCGCCGACACCUCAAGUCGCACUGCCGCCGACACCUCAAGUCGUACCACCGCCGACACCUCAAGUCGUACCGCCGCCGACACCUCAAGUCGUACCGCCGCCGACACCUCAAGUCGUACCGCCGCCGACACCUCAAAUCGUGCUGCCGCCGACACCUCAAGUCGUACCGCCGUCGACACCUCAAGUCGCGCCCCCAGUACCGACGUUUCAAGUCGCGUUUCAACCACCUGUACAACAGUUCGAUCAACCCGCUAAUGCACCAGUGCCUCAAGUAGAAGUUACACAAAAUAACUUUUUGAACAAUUCAAUUCCAACAGCUCAUAUUUCAGGUAUGAAUCCACAAUACACUCAAUUUAAUUCUGUUCAAUUGCCACGUAUUGAUUUGCCCGUCUAUUCAGGCGAGUAUACGGGGUGGGCUGAAUUUUGGGAUAUGUUCAAUGCUGCUGUAGGUUUAAAUCCACAACUUAGUCCUAUAAUCAAAUUUGCUUAUUUGAAAAGGUCGUUAGAGGGGGAGGCUCUAGAAGUAAUAACCGGCUUAGAUCUUACUAUA